AUGCCGGCCACUGGCAACAAAGCAAAGACUGAAGUAGUCUCAGACAUUUUGAAUGAAGGACCAACGGGCGGAAUCACCCAAAAUAACGUCCUGAAGAAUGUGGAAAGUGUUGUAUCGAUAUCCAAGAAGCACAAGAAGAAGGGCAACCGUGUUUUGCGCUUCUUCACAGCUCGAUGGGGUGAAAGUAAGGUGCCCAUCGGACUGACUCUCGAUGCUGGCCUAAAAAAUGAGAAAUCUCAGGAAAUUUCGCACAUGUCAUGGCUAUACGAUCGACGCUCGGCGUUAACCCGCAUUUUACGUGACCCAGACGGCUUGGCUGCAUUCCGAGCGUUUAUCGAAUCAGAAUACACCUCCGAGAAUCUGCUGUUCUGGUUGGAAAUCGAAUCCUUGAAGACUGAACAGAACCGCGAACAGCUUACGAAAAUAGCGAAAUUACUAAUGGACAGAUUCUCCAAUGAAGGAUCUAUCAAUAUAUCAGAUCAGGAGCGUCAUGAUUUUGCGAUUAUGCUGAGGGAUAUGGUUAUAAACGACACAAAUGAAAUCGACGAUUCCGUCAGGCAGGCUACCGAGAUCGAAAUUAAAGAUAACAGUGAUGAUGACAUCGAAUUUGCGUACGCGAAAAAUUAUGUUGGAGCAAGGAAUGGCAAUGUCAGCGAAGGCGAAGGCAAUUUAUUAGACACAGUGCAGAAUAGUGUACUGUCACUUAUGGCUAUGGACUGCUUACCUCGAUUCUUGGUUUGCAAUACUGGAGAUAAAUAUAUCAAAAGUCUCACGGUGAAAAAUCAGGGCGAUGAUAAAGAAUUUGUAGACCAACUGAAAACAUUCCAAGCACAAGCGAAGUCCGUAGCUAAGCCGGAUUCCAUACAGGAAUGGCUCACAAAGUUCAUAUGCUUGGCCUAUAUGCUUCCAUUCUGUGUGACCAUCUCCACCCGGGUGGAGAAUCCUGGAAUUGCCGGCGAGUUCCCACUGUCUUUUGUCAACCCUGAAUUCACCAGAGUAACAGGCUAUUCGCACGAAGAGACCGUAGGACGGAAUUGUCGGUUCCUUCAAGGACCAUAUACAGAACAGGAGGCCGUAGAGAAACUUCGAACGGCUAUCAGAGAUGGAACAAAGAUACACACAAGCAUUACUAAUUAUUGCAAGGACGGAGAAAUGUUCAAGAACUUGCUUACACUACAUCCAGUAUUCAACAAAAAGGGUGAACACGUAUUCAUCGUUGGGGUCCAGUACGACGUGUCUGAAAUGACAUUGGCCAAGUUUGCAGCACUUUCACCUAUCUUAGAUUUCAUUUCCGAGAGGAUGGAAGUGUGACUAUGAACACUAUGUCACAUAACUUAAAAACCUUAACCAGCGCCUCAAUAAGCAGAUGAGAUUGCAAUCUAUAGAUGUACGAGAAGGCCCCUUUGCAACCGUAUAUUUUGUAUCAACAUAUAAAAACCUUGUACAUGUAUGUGU